AUUCUCACCAAGGAUACUAUACUAUACUGCCUAGAGUUAGGCCCAUCAGUCCAUCAUUUGACCACUGAAGUUGUUUUGUCUCUGAGAGAUACAUAUUCGUUUCAUCUACGUCAAGCUGCAACUGCUCCAGCGCCGCAGAUCUCUCCACACUUUCUUCAUCUCCGAUAACUAUCUGCUCGAUUCACAAUCAAAAGAUGGCUCAUAACCGGAGCACGCAGCCCAAUCAGGCUACGAGUUACCCUGAUUCAAGUGGGGCGACAACAGAUGUCACCCUUUUCAUGGAGAUGCCGGGGGAUGCACGCCACACUGAACAGCUACGUGCCCUUGGAUGCGAGCGACAACACUGUGGGGCUCCUUGAGGAGACGUUCAGGUACCUUCCAUCAGAAGGUAGGCUUCACCUUGCCGAGGAUAUCAUUCAGGAUGGCACACAUUACAAGCUGCACCAACUUGCCCAGAGUAUUGUUACAGGCCUUCUCACACCGAUGAAGGUUGCCGGUGCCAAGACAGCGGGGAUUACUCCUUCACCAUGGCUGGGCCGUCUCAUUACAACUGAACUGUUUGAUCGCGAUUCAUUUUCCGCGGAGCAUUGGCAAGCCAUCCGAAACCUUCGCGCCUAACAGGCUAGGAGUGCCGGGAGCAUAAUUUGGAGGUCCGUACUCCCAUCUGAAGCUAAGCACUUGAUUUCCGC